AUGGCCACGUCUGACCGAGACUGUUACUUGGACGAUGAUGGAGUUUCCUUUUCGUCCAAUGAAACUAACCAGUGUCUGGAAGAUCUGCUGAAAUGGUUGAUUUACCACGGCACCGAGGUACAUAACGAGGGGUCCAAGAUCAUCAGGAUCCUGAUCUCUAUUGUCUAUUCUGUGGUGUGUGCCUUGGGUCUGCUGGGCAAUCUCCUGGUGCUUUAUCUCCUGCAAGCCAACAAGAAGAAGUCCACAAUGACCAUCUUGGUCAUGGGCCUGGCUGUGACUGACAUCCAGUUCGUGGUGACCCUACCUUUCUGGGCAGUGGACACGGCCAUGGACUUCAGUUGGCCUUUUGGACGUGUCAUGUGUAAGGUGGUGUCAUCUAUGACGGUGAUGAGCAUGUACGCCAGUGUCUUCUUCAUGGCUGUAAUGAGUAUCACCCGGUACUGCUCGGUGUCCCAGUCACUGAAGAUGAAAAGGAGGUCCUCCACAUGCUGGGAUGGGUUAACCUGUGUCUUCAUCUGGAGGUUGGCUUGUGUGGCAACCCUUCCUCAGGCCACCUACUCCACCACCAUCGUGCUCCCCACUGAAGAACUGUGCAUCACCAAGUUUCCCCAGCUUCACAGCAACCCCCAGUUUUGGUUCGGGCUCUAUCAGGCGCUGAAGGUUUUGGUUGGCUUCAUCUUACCCCUCGCCAUUAUCUCCGCCUCCUACCUCCUAUUGCUGCGUUUCGUCAACAACAGAGAAAUGAGCAGCAACAACCCAAAGAGGAUGUCCAGGGUUACCAAAUCCGUCACCAUCGUGGUGUUAGCCUUCUUCAUCAGCUGGUUGCCCAACCAAGCUAUCACUCUCUGGAGUGCCUUCAUCAAGCUCAAUGUGGUCCAUUUCAGUGUUGCCUUUUACAACACCCAGGCGUAUGUCUUCCCUGUGACUGUCUGCCUAGCGUACAGUAACAGCUGCCUCAACCCGGUCCUCUACUGCCUGAUGCGGAGAGAGUUCCGAGCAGCUGUCCGCGACCUGGUGCUGAAAGUCACCGGGGUUAGCCGCAUCCGUCCGGCGUUGUCACGGGAGGCACCCGGCAAGAAGGGACGGCUGCCGGUCGCCAUCUCCAUGACAAGGUGA